UAUUAAUAAAUUAGAUACUUUGAAAGUAUAUUAUUUCUUAGCAGAGUUUAUGUAAUUUGUUUUCAGCUGUGAAUCACAAAUAUCCCACUCUACUCUUUAACUCACUAGCUAAUGCCUCGUAUUUAUCAAACAAUGAUAAAGUCCAUUAGCAAGAUAAGUUAUAUAAAUUCAUAUACACAUCAUUCUCAUCUUUAUUCUAGAAUUGGUUACAUUUAUAGUUAAUUCGUUACCUUAUAACAUCAAUCUAUGCAUUGUUGAUAUAAACAGUGACUGAUACAAAUAAAUAGUGUCAUUUAAGAUAAGAUAUUAAAUAAAUUGCAUUUUAAUUGCGACGCUCAUAAAAUCAGGAAAAAAAAUAUAAGUCAAAAUGUGUACUACAUUGAGUGAAGUGAAUGAUCAGUUCACAGAAGAAGUGUUAAUAAAUAUCCUCUCCAAGAAAAACAAUGGGAAAAAAGUGCAACUAACAGAUUGGAAUUUUCAUGAGGCAUCUAAUAAAGGUGACAAUUACUUAUCACGUGUCUACACGGGCAAAGUGAGUGGUGUCAUCGAUGGCAAUCCAAAGCAACAUGUAGAAGCGAAUAUUGUCGUGAAGUCAAUGCCAAGAAAUUCUGGAUUAAGAAAGACUCUCAGAUGUGACGAAUUCUUCUAUAACGAAAUCAUUUUUUAUACAGAGAUCGCCUCCAGAUUUGAAAACUUUUUGGCAGAAAAGGGACAAAGCGAUUUGUUAUGCAUUCCACAUUACAUAAUCUCGUCUACAGAUAGCGAAAACGGUUUUCUAAUCUUAGAAGAUGGCUUUUCCUUAGGAUUUCGUAAAGUAUCGCGACAAAAUGUUUUCGAUUGGGCGGAAUGUAUAGCGGUUUUGAAGACAUUAUCCAGAUUCCAUGCGAUCUCCUUUGCAUACAAAGACCAAAGAAAGGAAGAAUUCGCAAAAAUGACAAAUUCCUUAAAAGAAACCCUCUUCGGUCACUGGGAUUGGUACAAAGGUUAUCACGAAAAGGUACAAGUUCUAAUUAAAGAGAUAUUAGCUAUCGAAUGUCCCAACAGCAAAGCUGAGAAACGAUAUAAUUCUUACAAAUUCGGUACUCUUUACGAAAAAUGCGCAGAAUUCUGCAAAAGAAAAGAUGCUCCUACAUCUGUCAUAAUCGAGGGCGAUUGUUGGCCACCAAACUUUUUAAUCCGGCGAACAUUGGGACAAAAUCAAAAGCAGGCGUUGAUGCUCGACUUCCAGAUUGCUCGUUGCGCGAGUCCUAUUUUAGAUCUAUCGUUCCUGAUUUAUUCUUGUACCUUGAAAUCAUUUCGUGAUCAACAUUUUGACGAUGUGUUAAAAAUCUAUCACUCGGAAUUGAGCGAUACCAUCAAAUUACUUGGGUCCGAUCCAGAAAAAAUCUAUCCAUGGGAUCAAUUUAUGAAAGAGGUACAGGAACAGUUCGGAUUUGGUGUGUUUGCCGCACUUGAAGCCAUUCCAUUAACUCUCAUAGAUGUAUCAGAAUCAUUCUCCAUAGAAACUGUUGUUGAGGGUAAUAAUGCGGUAGAUUGCGGUGACUUGAUGUCGUUCUCUACCAUCAAAACAGCAAACGACAGACAAAGAAUAUCGGAUGUAAUAGUUCAUGCUGUUGAGAAAGGAUAUAUAUAAUACGAAAAAACUUCAUCAUAAAAUCACAUUAUUUAUGAUGACAAAGAUAUUCGAUAUCAAUAAGCAUGCUAUUCCAUGUCUUAUCAAAACUUUAAGUACAUUCUUAUCAGUACAUGAUUCGAUACAACUUAGAAUAUUUGUGGCGAUGCUUCUGAUAAGAAUAAUCUAUGUUAUUAUCUAAAUAAAUAAUAUAUUUAAUUUUCUAUAGAGAAAUUCUUGUACAAAGCGAUUCUCGAAUGUUAGUUAUUCCUCUGAUCAAAAUAUAUUUUCUUUGCAUAUCUUUGUAUCAA